UAAUAGCCAAUGAAAAGGGGAUUGGAAACAUAGUUCGUCUCUCUGUUUUGAGAGUUUGUUCGUCUUGCGGCUAGGGUUUUAUUUUCUUCGAGAUCAGGCAUGGAAGAGGCACAAGAGCAUGUUGGCAUAGGCUCGCUCUCCCUUGGAGACGAUGGUGAUGAAGGUAUAGUUUUCACUGACAUAGACGAUUGUGCAAAGGAACCUACAGUAGUGUUCGACUCUUGCCUUGUUGGGCGUUUUUUGACAGAACGGCCUGUAAAUUUUGUUGCCAUGAAGAACACUAUGGCUUCCCUUUGGCGUCCAGAAGAAGGAAUGACGGCGAGAGAGAUGGGAGAUGGGCUAUAUGUAUUUCAAUUUGGUGCGGAGGUGGAACUGAAGCGGGUACUAGAUAUGUGCCCUUGGACGUUUAACAAUCAACUCUUGAUCCUAGAUCGUCUGGAUGGUCAUAAGGAUCCUCGGGAUGUACCAUUGCACCAUAUGUUUAUAUGGGUACAGGUGCACGGGCUAAGAAGGGGCUUUUUCUCUGAUCGGGUGGCUCAACGUUUGGAUGCUGAAAUAGGGGAGUUCAUGGAAUCAGAUCCAAAGAAUUAUUCCAACCCUUGGGCCACCUAUCUAAGAAUACGCGUGAAAGUGGAUGUCCGCAAACCUCUACGGAAAGGCACGAAGAUGAAGAAAGAAGGGGAAGAAUGGUUUCACGUUUCCUUUGCCUAUGAGCGUCUGCCAACAUUUUGUUUUGUGUGUGGUUGUCUUGGCCAUGGGGAAAGGUUUUGCCCAGCUGUCUUAAAGAAUUGGGGUCAAGAGAUUACUCGCAACUAUGGCCCGGAAUUGCGUGCUCAAUCACGUAAACCUGUAAAUAGUAUUGGCUCCAAAUGGCUGCGUGAUGAGCUUCCUGUGCAUAAAAAGGAGACUGAACCAGGGAGUACAGCCAUGGGGAUACACCAGAGCAAGCUCACUGCAUGUACCCAACUGUCAUCUAAAGCAUGUGAAACAAAAGAAAGGCAGAUUGUUUUGGAAGGUGGUGCUAUGCAAAUGGCAGCGAUGGUGAUCUCAGAUCCAAAAAAGAGGAAGGUCCUUAUUGAGGAAAGGGAAAACCCAGGGCAGCAUCAAUCAAUGAAAACGUGAUGGAGGCGGGACCUGUGUCACAGGUCCGCCUAAUGGAAUGAGUUGUAUUAGUUGGAACUGUCGUGGGCUUGGCAACCCACGAGCAGUUUAUACCCUACAAACUAUUGUAAGGGAUAUCAAGCCAUGUUUUAUUUUUCUUAUUGAAACCUUAUGUGAUUCCAAGCGGAUUGAUGAAAUAAAAAUGAUCUUGGGUU